AUGAUAUAUUUUGAUAUACCCUCAAAAAAUAAUCUUUCAUAUGAAUAUUACGAUACACAAUCAUUAAUUGAUAACAAGAGGAUACAUUCAUUUUUGAAUAAUUCAUGUGCAUUUUAUAGUUUUCAAAAUAAAGAAAAAUGCAAACAAGAACGAUUUGAAGAAUAUUUGAAUUUUUUACAGCAAAAGAGUAAUAUUUACAACAACAAUAAUAAACAAAUUGAAAGAAAUGAAAACGAUUAUAAUGUAAUAAAAAAUAAAAUACAAUAUAAAAAAAAGGAAAACUACAAUAUAACCACGUAUAGUCAUUUUGUUCCUGAGGAAAACUUACAAGACAAACAAAAAAGACCAUAUACACAUAAUGAAUAUUAUAUGGAUCAUACUUAUAAUAAGCAACAUUUAAAUGAUAAGUAUCAUAAACAUAACAUACAUGAUAUUAAUAAUAAUCAUUAUAUAAAACAUAAAGAUCAUUUACAUGACACACAUUAUAUAUUCAAUAAACACAACAACGAAAAUAUAAAUAUAAAAAAAAAUAUUAAAGCACAUGUAUCUCAAUUACAUGUAUCAUAUAAAUUAAUCAAAAUAAAAAAUAUAUUAUAUAAAAUAAAUAUUCUCAAAAAAAAUACAUCCCUACAUAAACAUAAAACAUAUUCCUUUUUUAGAUUCAAAUUUUCUGCACUACAAGAACAAUAUGAUAAACAAAAAAAAAAAUCAAAAAAAAUAAAGAAACAACAGAAAAAAAAAAACAUGUACAAGAAUAAAAUAGGUAGCCAUACAAUGGAAAUUUUAAAUGUUUUAAGAAAUGAAUUACCUUUAUCUAAAGGGGAUUUUUCCAACAGAUAUUGCCAGAAUAAUGAUUAUGAAUAUGCUAUAGUCACCUCCAAUGAAGAAACACAUUUUUAUUAUACUAAUCAAGAAAAUGCAAAGACGACCAAACAAAAAAAUUACCAGCAUAUGAAAGUAAAAAUUCAAAUUUAUUCAAAUAUGAUACAAGAGAAGAAGAAUAAAGGAAAACAUGAUCAAAUUUACAAACCAAUUAUAAAUACUUUUGAACAAAAUAUUAAUUAUUUGGAUAAGAAAAAAAUAAAAACUAAAAAAAAUAUGGCAAAAGAGAAAUAUAAGAAAAAUGAAAAAUUGUUGAAUAAUUGCAUAGAAAAUUAUAAGAAUUGUAUGAAAUUAUAUAAACUUAGCGAAUUUAUAAUACAUAAUAUAUUAAACAAGAAACUUAUAUAUGAUGAACAAUCAAGACAUAUAUUACAAACUGAAUUUUUUAAAGUGUUUUUUUUUGUUUAUCUAGAAGAAGUAUAUUAUACCAUUAAAAAAAAAAAAAAUUAUACUAAUGAUUUUUUGUAUAAUUUUAACAAACGGAUAAAUAAUAAUAAUAAUAAUAAUAAUAAUAAUGCUUGUAGUAGUGGUAGUAGUAGUAAUGUAUGUAUUAAAUAUAUGAUAACAUAUAUUUUUCAAAAUAUGUAUCAUGGAAAAAACGAAUUAAAGGAUGAUACCAACGUGUUCAUAUUAAUAUAUAUAUAUAUUUUUUAUUAUAUAUAUUCUAUGUAUUUAAAAUAUAAAAUAAAUAAUCUUAACAUUCUUUCUAGAAAUAUAUUUUCAUUUAAUAAGGAUACAUUCAAUAUAUCAGAUAAACUUAUCUUGUUGUCAAAUAGUAUACAUCUCUUAGUACAUAAUAUAUAUAAAAUAUAUAUUGUGAACCAAAUAUGUAAAUAUUUUAUAUAUUUAAAAUUAAACCUAAUAAAUGAAUUAUUGUAUAUAUUUCCUUUAGAUAGUACCAAAAUUCAUUUUCUACCAUGCAAGUAUUAUGAAAAUAGUGAGCUUAUUUCUAUGCAAAAUUUAUAUCAAAUAUUGUUUUGUAUUCACUUGUUCAUAUUAUAUAUAGAAAAUGAAUUAAAAAUGAAGAAAUAUGAUAUUUCAUCAAGAUGUGAUCAUGCUAUAUUAUCAAAAAGAUGUUUAAAUCAUAUAUUAAAGAAUUAUUAUAAUAUAUUAGAAUAUCACAAUAUAACAGAAAAAAAUGGGACUAUAAACAAUAAUAAUAAUAAUAAUGAUAUACGUAAUAACUAUUUUGUUGAUAAAUAUUCCAUUUCAUGUCUUAUAUAUAUGAAUAUAUAUACUGAAGAAUCCAUUAUUAUAAAAUACAUUAUAACAAUUUUAUUUUAUAUUCAUUGCGAUUUAUUUUUCAAACAUAUUUCCUAUUUGGAAAAUAUGUACAUUUCAAAAACAAAUAUUUCUUUAUAUUGUUAUAAAGAGAGUCAUCAUAUAUCAUUAUAUAAUUAUAUAAAGAAGAUUAUUUCAUCUAUCUUUUUGUUUUGUUUUAUUUAUUCCGAAUUUGAUAUAUAUCAAAAUGUUAUAUAUUUUCCAAAACAUUUACACAAUAUUACACAUAUUUUACAUUUUUGUGAUGAACCAUAUAUAUCAUCAUCUUGCAUUCAAAGUAGUAUAUAUUUUUUUUUAUACAAAUAUAUAUGCUAUCAUUUUUUUAGUAUAUUCAUACAAAAUAUAUUAUAUAAGAUUAUGCAUUCGACCUCUCCAAUAAGACAUGAAGAAAAUGACCACAUUUUCUAUCCACUGUCAGUAUUAAAAAUAAUGAAAUGUUUUAAUUAUUAUUAUGAUUAUUUUUCGAACAUAUUUAUAAGGGAGAAUAUCAAAAUGAAUUUGAUUCUAAAGGAACGUUGCUUAAUUAUGAAGGAUAUAGAAAACAUAAAAAUCUUAAUUAUGCCAUUAACUUAUAAUAUUGUAUGUAACAAUAUGUAUAAUUAUGGCCAUAUGGAACAUGAUCAUUUUAUUGUAUUAUAUAAUAAAUAUACAACAUAUAAUAUAUUACAUUAUAAGGAUCAUAUUAAAUUAUUUUACCCAUCCAAUUUUUAUAUGUUUGUAAAUGAAGAAGACAAUAUAAACAAAACUGAAGAUGUAUUUGUAUCGAAAUACUUCAAAAUAAAAAAAAAAUAUAUUGAAAAAAACGCAUUAGGAAAAAGAAAUUCUAUUGUAUGUAAAAUGAAAAAGGAAAUGAAACUUUUGAUUAAUUAUAUUAUAUAUUAUUAUAAUGAAUUAAUUUUUAAUUAUUAUAUAUAUUAUAUUUUACCAUAUGAAAAAAGAUUAUUGUUCUACAAAAAAAAUGAACAAACAAAUAUAAAAAUCUAUUAUAAUUACGUUUAUAAAUAUAAAAAUUUAAUAUCACCACAUAUAUUAAAUGUAUGUACAAAGAUAAAGCAUGAUAAGAAUAUAUGUAAAUAUGUUACUAAAAUAUAUAAUAAUAAUAAAAUUAUACGUAUAUAUACUACAUGUAAUAUACACAAAACUGAUCUAUCUUAUAUAUAUUUAAAAAUUUGUGAUUGCUUUAUCAAGCAAACAAACAAGAAUUUUAUGACAAAAAGUAGAAAUCCUGAUAAAUGUGCUACACUAAUUUUGUGUGCUUGUGAACAAAAAAAAGGGUACAAAAAAAAACAGAUUUAUGAAAAUGUUAUUUCAUUGAAGGAUAUAUUUACAAAGAUUUGCAAACAAUGGGAUAUUAUUAAAAAGAAGGAAAAAGACAUCACGCUAUUUAAUAAUAGUAGUAUGGUAAAUAUAUAUGCUGAAAGGGAUAAUAUGCGCGUACAAGUUUCCAAAGAAGGGAGCGAUAAGAAAAAUAAUAAUAGAAAACGUAGUAGUGGAAGUUGUGAUAACAGCAAUAAUAAGAACAAUAAGUGUUACAACAAGAAAAAUAAUAAUAAAAAUAAAAAUAAUAAUAAUAAUAAUUAUAAUAAUAAUUAUUAUAAUAAUAACAACAAUAACAACAACAACAACAAUAACAACAACAAUAAUAAUAGUAAUAAUAAUCCAAAUGAUGAUAAUAAUGAAGACGACAAAAACAAUAGUAAUAAAAACACGGACAAUAAUAACAAAAAUAAUAAUAUUAAUAAUAAGAAGAAAAGACGAAAAAGAAAUAAUGACGAUAAUGACAAACAAAUAAAUAAAAGAAAUAAAAAUAUUAAUAAAAAAGCUACAACUGGUAAUAUAUAUAAAAAAAAAAUCAACACCAAAAGAAAAAAUAGUCAAAGGGAUAAAUCAAAUAUGAAUAUAAUUAAAAAGGAACAAAAUGUAACAUCCAAGGAAAAUAUUAAUCAUGAUAUUAUUCAUAUACAAAAGAAUAAAAUAAAUGAAAGAGAUAAUAUAAAAGCAAAAACUCUACAUAAUAAUAUAACUGAACAAAAGAGGGAAAAUAAAAAUAUUCAACAAAAAAAAGAUAAUAAUAAUACUAUUCAACAAAAAAAAGAAAACAACACUAAUGAACAAAAAAAAGAUAAUAAUAAUACUAUUCAACAAAAAAAAGAAAAUAAUAAUACUAUUCAAGAAAAAAACAGUGAAAAUAAUCUUAACAAUUCUAAUCGUAAAGAAAUUUUAGAAGAUAUUUUAUUUUGUUGUAGUGCAUUAAAUGAAUAUUCAGCUUAUAUAAAAACUUUAGAUUAUGAUAUAAAAUUUGGUAAUAUAUACGUUAAAUUAAAAAAGAAAUUAAGUUCUCAAAAUAAAUGUCAAUUCGAAGUAUAUGAAGCUGAAAUUGUGGCAGUUGAUAAUUUCUGUAAUUUCCUAUAUCCAAAAAAGGAAAAUUUUGAUAACUUUUUUUAUGUUUUAAAAAAAUAUAUUAAUAAUUAUGAUUAUCUAAAAAUCAGUGCAAACAAUUUAGAAGGAUUGAAUACGAAUCCAGAAAAUGCAUAUGCUAACGCAAUUAUAGACAUUGAUGAAAAUAAUAUACAUGAUUUUAUAAAAACUUGUGAGGAUUUAAAUGCUAUUUUUAAAUAUAUAGUCGAUGGCAUUUUGCAGUCUCAAAAUUCUUUUAAUCAAAAUGUACCUUUCCCUACAAAAAAAAAUAAUACAAAUAAUGUAAAUACACAUCAAAAUAUGAUAUCUUUUAAUAUGAAAGAUAAUAAUAGUAAUAUACAAUUUAAUAAUGAAAAUAUAUGUUCUACUUCGAAUGAACAUUUAAAGAAUGGCGACAAAGAUUUGGAAUUAUUGAAAAACAUAAAUCAAAGUCUACAUAUGGAAGAAGAAAAAAGGAAAGAAAUUAAUAAUAUUCAUACUAAUGAUAAUAUGAACAAGAUUAAUUGUAAUAAUAAUAAUAAUAAUAAUAAUAAUAAUAUAGGAAGUGUUGUAAAUAAUAAAAAUAAUGUAAAUGAUAUGUAUAGUUCAAGAAUAGUUAAUAUACAAAAAAAUGCUAUUACCGAUAGUAAUAUAGUAGAAACAAAUUCUUUCAAUAAAGAAAAUAAAUCUAUUAUAAGUACAGAUCAUAAUUUUAUUAAUUCAAAUUUCCAUUAUACAAGUGUAAAAAAAAAUUAUAAUCAAAUCAAUUCCAAUUUGUUAAAUAAUAAAAAUAGUACUGCAAGCUGUUCUGUUGUAAAAAAAGACCAAAAAAGAGAAAGUUUCAGACCCAAUGAAAGUAUUGGACCUGUCAUCUUAAAAACAACCAAUAGCAGAAUUAUAGAUAAUGACAAAAAAGAAAAAGAUCAUCCUAUCAACAUUUUUAAUAAUAGUACAUUUAAUAAUCUCAACCUUCUUAAUGAGGAAAAUUUUGCUAACCUUCAAAAUGGGCCAUUUAAUUCUAACAUGAUACAUAAUGCACAAAUUAUAAAUCAUGCCGACAUAUCAAAUAAUCACAAUGUAGUCAAUAAUCAAAAUGUAGCAAAUUAUCAAAAUGUAGUAAAUUAUCAAAAUGUAGCAAAUUAUCAAAAAAUAUCGAAUAAUCAUAAUAUGUCUCAUAAUAUAAAUAAUACCGAACAAUUAUUUGAUAAUGUUCUAUUUAGCGAAGAUAUAUUAUGCCAACACCUAAUUGAAGCAACAAGAAAAGUUAAUUUUUUAAAAAAUUUUGGCUAUAAAUCCUUGUAUGAUAUUUUGAAAGAUAAAUAUAGACGCUAUCUAUUAGAAAAAAUGAAUAUAGAAUGUACUACUUUGUAUAAUAUUAUUAAACAUAUAACGAAAUAUAAUUAUAUUAAUGAUUCAAUAAAUAACCCAUUUACUAUAUAUCACAGAACUAUUAAUAAUAUUUCAAAUAAUAAAUUUGCUAUCAAAAUAUUGAAUAUUCAUUCAUGUAAUAUAUAUAAAUUAAAAUAUAAAGUACAUAGUUUAUUAUCAGAAGGAAAACAACUCAAAAAUGUCAACACAGAAAUUGCAGAUUAUAUAAAAAAUCAUUAUUUGUUAAGAAAUAGAUAUAAAUUUACUAAAGAUAUAAAAGAAGUAAUUACUUAUAAAAAUAAUGUAACCAGUGAGAAAAAAAAUAAUGAGAAUAUCUUUAAAAAUUAUACCAUUCCAAAUGUUGUACAGAAUAAUAUUCAUAUUAAUAAUAAUAUAAAUCAAAAUGGAUAUAAUAACUCAGAUUAUAACAAUCUUAUGAAAAAUCAUUUUUUCGAAGAAUAUCAGAAGGUACAAAAAAAUUCAGAUAUACCUACAGAUCAAAAAAAUAUUAAUGAUCAUGAUAAGAAUCGUAGCUCCGAUAAAUCUCACAAUAAUAAUAAUAGCAAUAUUCAUAAAAUUAAUAUGGCACUACAAAAUUAUUUGUUGCAAAAUCAUUUUACACAACAUAUAUGUAAACAAUGUCUAAACACAUUUUAUGAUGAAAAGGAAAUCUCCCUUUUUUACCAACUAAAUGAAAUUGCAAAUAAUUUCAUUGAUCAAAUGUGUAUUCCUACAAGUCGUAAUAAUAUAUCAUCAAAUGGACGUUCCUCCAAGAAAAGGUUGGGGGGAGAUAGCAAUAAUGAUAAUGUAGCUACUUCUAAAAAUGCAGAAAGUUCUGAAAAAAAUCAAGACCAAAUAAAUACAAAUAAAAUGCAUCCAGAAAUAAAGAAAAGUAGAAAAGGAUCAAGAAGAAAUAGCAAAAAUAGAGCAAAUACACAAAAUAUUGCAUCACGGGAUAUACACAAAUUGAAUGAAGAAAACAAAAAAACUAACAACGAAGUAUCCAAAUCUGAAAAAUAUAAUAAUCAUAAUAAAAAUAACAAGAAAUCUCAAGGGGAUAAAAAUAUGCAUGGAGUUCAUAAAGAUAGAAAAAAAGAAGAUAAUAUAAAAGAAAAAAAAAACAUAAAGGAGAGUAAGAAGGAAUAUACUUGUGAUUCUAUGAAAAAUGUCAAUAAUGAGAAAUCAAAUAUUUUAAAAGAAACCAAAUUAAUAAACAAAAAUAAUAAACUAAUAAAAAAUAAAGAGAAUAUACAAAAUGUACAAAAUGUACAAAAUAAUAAGGAAUAUUUUAUAAAAUCAAAUGACAUUAAUAUAAAUCAAAAUAUAUUUGUGGAUAAUAAGCCAAUACAAAAAAAUAUCCAUUCUAAUAUAAACGAAAUAUUACCUAAUUUCUGUCCGCGUUACACAGAAAAUACAUCCUCGUUUUUUAAUCAACUUUGUAAUGUUGCAAUACGUAAUUCUUUACAUAACCAAGCAAUGAAGCAGAUAUCAUAUGAUAAUAGAACGAAUGAAAUGUUUUCUUAUGAAGCAUUUAAUUUUUAUAUAAAUCAUAUGAAAAAUAUAAAAUAUUAUUUGUGCCCAGCAUGCAAAAAUAGAAAGGAAGAGUAUUACAAAUAUGAUAUAAACGAUAAAAAGGGUACUAAGGUUUUUGGACAAAUAUAUGAUACUUAUGAAGAAUAUGAAAAAUAUAUAUCAAAUGAAAUAAGAAGAAUACGAUAUAAUUCUAUACCCAAAUAUUUAUGGUCAUCUGUUGGAAUUACUAAGGAUAAUGAAGAAGUGUUAGGUGUCGCUAUGCAAUUGAUUGAAGGAUGUACCUUAACAUAUAUUAUACAAAAGCUAAAAGGAACAGACAAUAUAAAUUAUGGAUACUUCUUAUUAGAUAUAGCUAAGAAAUUAGUAAAACAAUUAAAAAUAAUAUGUGAAACUAUACAUAAUCCAAUCAUUAAUUGGGAUACGAAACCAGGAAAUGUAAUGGUACAAUAUCAAAUGAAAAAUUCAAAACUUACAUGUAAAAAUGUUACUAUUAUUGAUAUUGGUGAUGCUUUACCAGGAAAAGCCUUUUAUUUCCCAACAAAUCCUUCUUACUAUGAAAAGAUUAAAAUGAACAAUUGCCAGAAAAACUUUAAUAAUUUCUUAUAUUAUGUUAUAUGUACUAAAGGAUAUUGUUCACCUGAAUGUGCUCUUUUAGUUUUCUUAUUAUCUUCAUUAAAUAAAUCUGAUCAAUUUAGAAAAUCCUGGUAUGGGCAAGAUUCAAACAUUUUCCAUAUUAAUAAAACAAAACAUUUGAGAAUUAAAUAUAGAUGGAAAAAAUUAUUAGAACUCCGUUAUAUACAACCAAUAAUAAAAAAAAAUGAACCUUAUUUUUAUCUUCAUGAAAAUGUCAUAAAAGGAACUACAAGUAAAUGUGAAAAGUGUCUUAAUCAUGAAUCUUUUGAUGAUUCAAGUAGCAUAAAUAAUAUAUCGGAUAACCAAAGAUCGUCCUUUUCUAAGAAUGAUGUAAAUAUGUAUAUGAAUUCUGGUACUCAAGCAUUUUACAAAGGUGUAGAAUGUAAUAUGGGAUACACUACUAAUGUGAAUAAUGUAAAUAAUGUAAAUAAUGUGAAAAAUGUAAAUAAUGUGAAUAAUGUGAAAAAUGUAAAUAAUGUGAAUAAUGUGAAAAAUGUAAAUAAUGUGAAUAAUGUAAAUAAUGUAAAUAAUGUAAAUAGUGUGAAUAAUGUAAAUAAUGUGAAUAGUGUAAAUAAUAUAAAUAAUGUAAAUUAUUUGAGUAACAUGCAAAAUGGAAUAAGUGCUGAUAAUUUAAUCCAUAUGAACAAUAAUAAUCUUAAUAAUAUUAUAACCGCUCAUAACCAAGGCACAGAUAUAAAAUAUGAUACAAAUAAAUCAUAUGACAAUAGCACAAUUCCUCGCGAAAAUAGUUGCCCAAACUCUUCAAACGAAAACGUAAAUAAUUUAAUUAAUAAUAAUGAUAAUAAAGAUAGAAUAAAUAAAAAGAAUAGUAAUAGCACGAACAAUACUAAUAGUAGUAAUGAUAAUCUCAGUAAUUAUAAUAAGAAAGAAAAAAAACUUCUAAAUGAAGAUAUAGAUGAUGCUUUAGAAAAUUAUUAUUUAUAUAAUGUAUGCACACAUGAUAUUAAAGACGAAGGAGAAAAUGAACAUUAUUCAGAUAGUGAAGAAAUAAAACAAUAUUUUUCUGAAAAAGAUAAAAUAAUAAAAGAUAUCGAAAAUAAUUAUAAUGAUGAAAAAAAGAAAAAGAAAAAAAAAGAAUAUGACGGAUAUAAAUUACAUAAUAUAGAUACAUGGAUCAUUAAAUUUACAUCGAAAACAACCAUAUUUAGUGUUGGUCUAGUAUUAUGUCAAUUAUUUGGUGGACAUAAUUUAUUAAAUAUUGUUAAUAAAAAUGAAGUUAAAGUAGUUGAUGUACUAUGUGAAUGGAAUUGUAAAAAUAGUUCAAAUAUUUAUUCAGAAGAUCCAAAUAUUACUAUAGAUGAUUUAUUACCAAACAAAGGAAUCUUUUCUAAUGAUAUGUGGAAAAGUAAAAUUAAAGUUAUCAUAGAAAAAUGUUUACAAUUUAUACCUUCUAGAAGAUGUACAUUUAAAGAAUUAUAUGAAGAUAUUAAAAAAUUCCAAGAAGAUUAUGAGGCAUAUUAUAAUAUUAACGCUAGCGAAUCCACCACAACCCAAUAG